AUGCAUGUCAAGACAGGGCUUUUAUUGAUCGGCUGGGCGAUUGCCGCGACGGCUGCAAGCUGGCGCGGUGAGGUGCCAGCUCAGCGAUCGUACAUGUAUGUGGGAGGACAGUAUAUCGAGAAUAGCGCUGGCGAGCAUGUUUUCGCGGAUCAGAUGUACGUGGAAAGGCUGACCCCGGCCGCGGGGGUAACCAAGCCUUAUCCCAUUGUCUUCAUCCAUGGACAAGCUCAAACAGGCACCAAUUGGCUGAACAAGCCCGACGGCGGAGAGGGCUGGGCGUCGUACUUCCUCUCCGAAGGAUACGCUUGCUAUAUCAUCGACCAAACCUUUCGCGGCCGCAGUGCCUGGUUCCCUGGUAAUGGCACACUGAGUACAUACAGCGCCGAGCUGUUGCAGCAACGUUUCACCGCACCGAAACGAUACAACCUCUGGCCGCAGGCGUCUUUGCACACCCAGUGGAACGGCACGGGCGUCAUGGGCGACCCCAACUUCGACACCUACUAUUCCUCAACCGUCGAGUUUCUCAGUUCAUCAACCUAUCAACAGUCGACUGUCCAGGCCGCCGGUGCCGCCUUGCUCGACACCAUCGGAUCCCCAGUCAUCCUCCUCUCGCACUCCCAGGGCGGAUUGAUGCCCUGGCUCAUUGCUGAUGUGCGCCCAAAGCUCGUCCACUCCAUCGUCUCCAUCGAACCCACCGGCCCUCCGUUUCAGGAUGCCGUCUUCAGCAACUCUUCCACACGCGCCUACGGACUAACCGAUAUCCCCAUCACCUACUCGCCCGCCUUGGCUGAUUCGGCCGACCUCGUGAAGCACGUCAUUCCGUCCAACUCAUCGCUGUACUCGGAUUGUGUGAUACAGGCCGAUUCUCCCGCUCCGAGACAGCUCGUUAAUCUUGCCAAUGUGCCGGUCUUGGUUAUGACGACGGAAUCAUCCUACCACGCGCCAUAUGACUGGUGCACAGUCCGGUUCUUACAGCAGGCUGGCGUCCCGGCGCAACAUCUCCAACUUGCGGAUAUCGGUAUUCAUGGAAAUGGACAUAUGGUUUUCAUGGAGAAGAACAGUUUGCAAGUCGCUGCUGUUCUGCAAAAGUGGAUGGAGCAGAAGUAA